AUGUUAAAUAUUAUCUUAAAUAAAUAUAAGUUUGCAUUUACUUAUCCAUGUCCUAGAAAAUUAAGAGAAAUUGUUAAAAUGUCAUUAUUUGAAAGAGAAUCAAAAGAUUAAGUUGUUUCAUUAUGGAUGGAGUAUCAUAAAGAUAAAUAAAAUAAUGUUUCAUAUGUUGUAAGUAAAGAUGAAUAUGAAAUUCUAAAGAGAAAUACAAAAGAAUCUCCAUUAUUUUUAUUACCUAUAAAACGUAAUGGAGGCCACUUCCAAUUAAUUGGAUAAGCAUAAACAAAUAGCAUUGUAAGGAUAUUCCUUAUUUUAGUUAUUUACUUUUUUAGAAGAAUAUAAAAAAUCUGGGUCUUUUUCUUCUCCAUAUUUUAUUUUGACAAUAUUUGAUGAAUUAUUAGCCUAAAAAUAAGUAUCCUUAAUAAGAGGAGAUAUUAUGGAUUAUAAAAUUGAUAAAGAUGAAGCUACUUUUUUAACUAAUCAAUUUCUUAAAUUUUAUAUGACACCCGAUUUAUAUGAAAAAUACAUCUAUACACUUAAUCAUAAAUAAAAUGAAUUCAAUUAUGAUGAUUUUAAAAAUCAUUUUUAAAUAUGA